UCGCAGGGCAUUGUGCCUGAGGGGGAGUGGGAUGCGUUCAUGGCGACGCUGCGCAAGCCGCUGCCGACAACUUUCCGCAUCAACGGCCGCGGCCGCUUUGCAGCCGACCUGCGCGACCGCCUGCAGCAGGACUUCUUCAGCCAGUUCAAUGAGAACAUGGAGGUUGAUGGGGAGCCGUUGGAGGCGCCGCGGCCGCUGCCGUGGUACCCGGACGCGCUGGGCUGGCACAUGGCCUUCAGCCGCGCACAACUGCGCAAGCUGCCCAUCCUCAAACAGGUCCACGAGCUGAUCAUCCGCGAGAACGAUGCCGGUGCCAUCACGCGCCAGGAGGCCGUCUCCAUGAUCCCCCCGCUGCUGCUGGAUGUGCAGGCGCACCACCGGGUUCUGGACACAUGCGCAGCACCCGGCUCGAAGACUGCUCAGAUCCUGGAGAUGUUGCACCAAGGAGCGGGCAUGCCAUCAGGGAUAGUCAUCGCGAAUGACGCUGAUGCGCAGCGCUGCAACCUGCUGACUCACCAGACCAAGCGCAUGUGCAGCCCGGCACUGAUGGUGGUCAACCACGAUGCCACCCAGCUGCCCAUCCUGCGAGACUUCCAGCAGGUUUGUUGGCCGCUUCCAAAGCAGGCGUACAAGUUUGACCGCAUCCUGUGCGACGUUCCCUGCUCUGGGGACGGCACACUGCGCAAGGCACCCGACAUAUGGCGCAGGUGGUCUGAGAAGAAUGGCAAUGGCCUGCAUCCCUUGCAGCUGCGCAUAGCGCUGCACUCUGCAAACCUGCUGAAGGUUGGGGGCCGCAUGGUCUACUCCACUUGCACCUUCAACCCAGUCGAGGAUGAAGCUGUGGUGGCAGAGUUGCUGCGCAAGAGUGAGAGCUCUCUGGUGCUCCUGGACGUGUCUCAGGAGCUGCCGCAGCUGCAGCGCGUGCCCGGCCUCAGCAAGUGGCUGAUAACACCGCUGACAUGUGCCGUCACAUGCGCACAGGCGCACGCGAAGCUGUGCAAGAGCAUGUUUGCGGAGGGCGACUUGAGCAGUCUGCACCUGGAGCGCUGCAUGCGCCUGCUGCCCCACCAGGGCGACACUGGCGGCUUCUUCGUGGCUGUGCUGCAGAAGGUGGCCGAGCUGCCAGCAUCUGCCUUCACAGCCGCCCCAAAGUGCGCGCCUGCUGUGCCUCCUCCCUUCUUUGGCGCACACCUCCCUCUAUGCUUGAAGAUAUUUAUGCCCCCACAUGCACUUUUACAGACACCUUUGUACUGUGGGCACGCCUGCUGA